AUGCCUGAUGUGUUUUGUGGUACAGAAGACGUAUUGAAAUUCACAAAAUAUUUGCAAAGAAUGAAUGGCAUAAGAGGUCCGAAACCGUCAUUAAUUUCUGGUAAUUUUUAUGAACUCAAAGAGAAUCCAAACGAAACAUUUGACGAAUGGAUAGCGGAAUACGGGAAUCAUUUCGGAUACUUCUUAGGCGACAGACCUAUACUCAUGAUCAGUGAUUUGGAUGUCAUUCAAAACAUAUUUCUCAAAAAUAGCAAACAAUUCAAAGACCGGCCAAAAUUCUUUCUCAACGCCAAACCAUUUGUGUCUUCAGUUCUCGCUCUGAGAGGAGAGCGUUGGCGUCACGUCCGCCGACUUAUGACUCCGUUUUUCACUCACCAUAAGAUCAGUUCUCAAGAGAUUACAGAUAUUGUAGUGAAUUCUGUGGACACUUGUGUUUUAAAAAUAAUGACACAAAAGGAACAAAUAGUUAAAGUCGAUGAUAGGAUGCAAUCAAUAACUUUGGAUAUCAUAUGCAAGUGUGGACUUAAUAUGUAUGACACGGAUGUUCACGAAGAGAACAGCCAACUGAAGAGUGCGGCGAAAGAGUUCAUGGCUUCGGCUCACAAUUCGGUGGUCAUCUUUGCCACAUUUUUUCCAUUUUUGCGACCGAUUCUCUCCUUUAUUAACAAUUAUCUAACGGCUGGACGAAUGGCUGAUUGGAUUCUCCGUCAUCUUAAUAAACAAAUUCAAACCGAGACUCAAAACUUGUCCGCAAACCCUAAUUAUUCAAUUGACACGAAAUCAAAUAAUGUGUUGAAAUCAAUGUUAAAGUGCUUUUUAGAGAAAAAGUUAGAAAGGGAUGAAUUGACGGGAAAUGCACUCAUUCUUCUAUUGGCCGCUUAUGACACCACGUCUAUGGGACUGACGUAUGCUUUCUAUUGUUUAGCCAAACAUCAAGACAUUCAGAACACACUUCGCGAGGAAAUUGGUUUACAUGGAUAUCAAUCACGUUAUGUCGAUAUGGUGUGGAGCGAAUCAUUACGUCUGUUCCCACCCGUCGCUACCUUCGCCCAAAGGGAAGCCGCGGAAGACGUGGUCUUAAAUGAUAUAUUUAUACAAAAGGGAACUAUAGUUCAACUGCCCAUUUGGCACAUCAAUCACGACCCGAACAUAUGGCCAGAGCCGCAUAAAUUCAAUCCUCAAAGGUUUCUACCAGAAAAUAGUGAUGGAGAUGAGAGAGCCCGGGCAUCAUUCCUGACGUUUGGUUUGGGGCCGCGAACCUGUAUGGGCAUAGAGUUGGCUCGACAUGAGGCCAGAUAUACGCUCUCAAAAAUGGUGCAAAAGUUCCGAAUCGAAACGUGCGCUCAAACUCCCGAUCCAUUAGAGCUGAUCUGUCCCACAGAGAUCUUGUAUCCAAAAGAUGGUCUCUAUUUACGAUUUAUUCCACUAAAUGAAUGA